AUGCAGUUACAGACACACAGGUACAGGACGUACAAAUGGUUCGAAGCUAACAGAUUGCCGUGGUUUGAAACUUUCCAGCUAGCCGUUGUUGCCAUGGAAUGGAAAGAGUGGAGUUGGGGAAUGAAACAAAAUGUCACAGAAACCAGCAUCUACUCAGUGGAUCUGCUUCUAGCUGCCAUGCACCAUC